GGAGCUCUUUGAGUGAAAGCUCUUUUUGUUCAAUCCAUAACCAUCUGAUCAAAUGCAUUUUUCGUGUCCGAUGACAUUUAGGGUUCCAGUUCUUUAUGCGCGAAAUUUAAGAUCUUGCGGUACGCUGGGGGUGUUCGCCGGUUUCGGAAUGGCCAGCAUUGCGGGUAAACGUAUUCAAAAGGAGCUAGCUGAGCUGAUGAAAUCAGAUGAAGCAGCACAGAAUCAGUUGGAAAUAAAACCUUGUAAUGAUGAUAUGAUGCAUUUAUGUGGUCUCAUCAAAGGCCCACCGGAUACUCCUUAUACUGGCGCUGAAUUCAAUUUAGACAUUAUAAUCCCUGAAAAUUACCCAUUUGUUCCCCCAAAGGUUAAAUUUAUCACAAAAAUUUGGCAUCCUAAUAUUAGUAGUGCUACUGGUGUAAUUUGCCUUGAUGUACUGAAAGAUCAGUGGGCUGCUGCUAUGUCAUUACGUACUAUACUUCUGUCUAUUCAAGCAUUAUUAGCUUCUCCAGAACCAGAUGAUCCACAAGAUGCAGUUGUUGCUAAUCAAUACAAAAGUAGUAUAGAUGCUUUUAAUCGAACUGCACGUCAUUGGGCAGGUAUUUAUGCUAAUGGACCUGGAUGUGAUCCUCAUUGUGUCGACUUAGUAGAUAAACUUGUUCAAAUGGGUUUUGAUGAGCAUGAAGCUUGUCGUGCAUUAUCUAUGAAGAAUUGGGAUUUAGCAAUGGCAACAGAACAUUUAAUAAAAUGAUUCUUCUUCUUCUUUUUUUAUAUAUACACAGAAAUGUAUCGAUAAUUUCAUUAGUUCUAUUUAUAAACUUAUGAUGUAACUAACGAUUUGUUCAUAAUUAAGCGUGUAUCACUUUGGUGUUUUCCACCCUAUAUUGCUCUCUUUCCUCCCUGGACCGUUCUUCCUUCCCCUACCCCUUUUACCACUUUCUCCUCCCUUUUCCUAAUGAAUUUUUCCAUACUCACGUAUGUAUACUUUAUUUCUGCCUUGUUGCUUGCCCUACCUGCGUGCCGGUUUUUUUGGAUUCCUUCAAUUUCCAACGUUUCAUAACUUUUGUGGCUAAUUUUUAUCUCCUUGUCGCUGCUGUUUGUACAUUUUGUACAUCAAAAAAAUGGUCUCGACAACAACUUAACAACAACAACAAAAACCAUAUUUACUAUUUUCAUUAUUUGAAAUAGUAGGUACAUUGUUCAUUCCAAAUCUUUGUUGCUAUCCAUGAUCUUUAUAUGAUGCCUUCUUGUUACCAUAUUGUAUGUAUGAUUACAUAAUGAAACCCAUAUCAAUGUAAUCACUAUGACGUAAUCAACUAAUCUAUUCUUAUGCAUAUUAUUGUUGUAUAAAUGAUAUUAGAGAAGUGAAUAAAUUAGGUUUUAUAGAGAGUAUUCAUGUAUUUACUUUUGAAAUGUUCAAUCUUGUUGAGUGUGUUAUGUUACAACUUAAUCUCUGUGCUAAUGCUGUAGUAUGAUAACUUGAACUGAUGUACGUAAGUAUGAAGUUCUACAUUGUGACUGAUUGAAUGUUAUGUUACUGUUUGCGAUCUAUCAUUGGUCCUUUUCUUUUCUUCUUUUCUGAAGUCCUAUGUACACUGUAACUGUUCCCAAGUAACUAACAUCUUGUAUGCUUGACAACUGGUUUUCAUUCAUAAUAUGUUAAGUCUGUUGUCAAGUAAUGUCUCUCUUGAAUUACAAAUGAAACAAAAAAACUUUUGUGAAGAAAACUUUCUUACUGAUU